GAUACAGGUCUGAAGAGGAUGCUCAAAUACACCUGCUCCAACGUACAUUAGCUACAACAACACACAGCAGAGGUGCAACAGUUAGAUUUAACUUCAAAAACCGCGCUUUAGAUCCGUCAGUUUUCCAAAACUAACUGGAAAUCAACGAUAAGUGGAGCAGACGACACAAACGUGCGGAUCAUUUAUGAGAGGAGCUUUCAGCCCUGCAGACCUGACUGAUUCACAGCACCGGGAGGCAAGAUGCCAGUGCAGAUACCGGACGACACCGAUUUCUUAUCUUUCCGAGAUCAAUGUGAAAGUCAGGAUGGCUGGGUCGCCCGUUAUAAUAAAGGAGUAGUGACGGUUUGGUGUCGAGACGAGGAGUGCAAAACUGUGCAGAAACUCAAGAUGCGAAUCGUGUGCAAGGACGUGACAGCAGAGACCCUCUACGACGUCUUGCACGACACGAGCUACCGGAAAAAAUGGGACACCAACAUGAUCGACACUUUUGAUAUUGGACGGCUGACAGUUAAUGCAGAUGUGGGAUAUUAUUCCUGGAAAUGUCCAAGUCCAUUGAAGAACAGAGACUUUGUCACCAUGCGGUCAUGGCUUCCUCUUGGCAAUGACUAUCUGAUAAUCAACUACUCGGUCAAACACCCGGGAUACCCACCAAAGAAGGAUUAUGUCAGAGCUGUGUCUUUACUCACUGGGUACUUGAUCCAAUCCAACGGAGCGAACUGCUGCACUCUUUAUUACUUGACGCAAGUGGAUCCACGAGGGUCUUUACCCAAGUGGGUAGUAAACAGGGCCUCACAGUUAGUGGCACCAAAGGCUAUGAAAAAGAUUUAUAAAGCCUGCCUAAAGUACCCGGAGUGGAAGCGGAAGCACGAGCCCAAUCUGAAGCCGUGGAGGUACCCGGAGCAGAACACACUACCCAGCAUCAGUGUAGCCGACCUGACAGUGCAGAGAGCAGAUUCCCUGGAGAACAUCGACGAGAGCAGUGCGAGCGAGGAGAAAGCCCAGCACCACAGCGAUGAUGACGAGACCUAAGAUAACACACACUGACUCUCCUGUGGUCUGUGUG